AUGGGUGGGCCUAACGUUCUUCGAUCGGAAAACGGACCCCAAUUUUCAUCGUCGCUGACCCAAGCUUUCUUGGAGGGGUGGGGAGUGGAAUGGAGGCCGUCGUCCCCUUAUCAUAGCCAAUCGAAUGACCAUGCCGAAGCCAUGGUCAAGGCCGUGAAAUAUCUAGUGGCCAAGACGGGCAGCGAUAUAAACCCGGAGGAAUUUGAUAACGGGUUACUUAAAUUCCGCAACACUCCACAAGAAGACGGGAUUUCGCCCGCCCAACGACUUUUUGGCCGGGCUCUACGCUCGAACCUCCUGGUGAAUUGGCGAGCUCUGAGGCCCAAACUUCCGGUCAACACCAACCAGGCCGAUGAAAACAAACAAGAGAAGGUUGGCCAUUGGUGGAAAUGUGCUAGUCCAGAAUCCGAAUACUAA